AGAUGGACGCGGUUCUUCCUUCUCAUCUCCUUUGUCGCUAUAGCUUCUCUCUCUGUUACUUGACUCCCACCAAAGCGACAAAGCCGAUGUUCAGGCAUUUCUAGAGGUUUCUCUCUCCCUCAGUAUAGAUGCAUCAGGAGUAACGUAGUGCAGAUUGGGGUUAAGGCCGGCUCCGGCUCUGUUGACUCCACAUACAACUCCACUAGGUUGAAAAGUUUGGUGCUUUCACACUUACUUUCUCUCUCUGCUCCUUCUCAGUUACCAUAUAAAUGAUGAGUACUAAUACUUUGCUUCAUCUCUAUUUCUCCAUUGAUCUUAGACCAUAGAAUCCAGUGUGGGUUUUGAGGAAAACCGCACAUUUGCACUUCCUCUGUCUAUCUCAGUCUAUCUCAUUUCAGACAGUAUGGGUGCUUACAAUUUCAAUCUAUUUUCUACUUGAUUUCUCUCUCUCUCUCUUGAUUUUAUUCCAGAAAAUUCAGACUGGGAUUCCAGGAAUAUGGUUUUAGACCUCCCUCUCUCUUUCCAUUGAUUCUAUGCCAUAUAAUUCAGAUUGGUUUUUCAGGAAUUUAGCCCAUUUACACACACAAUACACACUGUCUCCCGUUCUCUCUCAACCCCAUUUAUGUAUCUUUCUCUCUUUCUACCUCAUUUUGGCUGGUAUGUGCAUAUGGGUGCUAACAGUCGUGAUUCCUUUUUACUUAUUCUCUCUCUGCGUCGAUUCCAUACCAUAUAAUUCAUGUCGGGUUCUUAGCAAUCUAGCCUAUUUACAUCUCUCUCUCGUUCUCUUUCUCUCUUUAGCUAUUUAACUACAUUUAUUUCCUCUAGCUAUUAACCAUGGCAAUGUUAUUGAGGAAAGUGUGGGCAACCAUGAGUGCUCAGUCCAAUUCUAAUAAUGGGCGCAAUGAGAAUCAACAUGUGUCAAUGAGCCCAGUUGACCAGCUUCCUUCUGAUGUGUUUGUAAUGGUAUUCAAGUUUCUUCACCCCAAAGAAGCUUCAAGAGCAAGCCUUGUUUGCAAAUCAUGGAGAGAUGCUCUUUCAGAUAAUCGGUUAUGGAUGUUAUUCCUUCAAAACCAACUUGAUUCUUGGGAUUCAAUCCUUUUUGCUGAGACCCAUUUGAGAAAUGGGUUCCCUUUACAGUCUCAUGAUAGUUGUUUAUCUGAAUUGCCUUUCAAGCAAAUACACAAUAUGAGGGCACAAGUACAUGGUUCGAUCAUUAUUGAUGGUGGUUCCGGCUAUUGCAAGUAUGGUUGGAGCAAAUAUGCUAGCCCUUCUGGGAGAUCAGCAACGUUUCUGGAGUUUGGUAAUAUUGAGACUCCGAUGCCUUCACGGCUGAGACAGUUUUUUGCAACCAUCUAUAGCAGAAUGCAGGUGAAACCGUCUGGACAGCCUGUUGUCGUAUCGACUCCCAUUUGCCAUACUGAUGAUACAGAAUCAGCUAAAGCUGCUAGAAAGCAAUUACGAGAGGCAAUAUACACAGUCUUGUUUGAUAUGAAUGUCCCAGCUGUUUGUGCUGUUGAUCAGGCAGUUUUGGCUUUAUACGCUGCAAGAUGCACUUCGGGGAUUGUUGUCAAUAUUGGUUUCCAAGUGACAUCAGUUGUUCCAAUUUUACGUGGUAAAGUGAUGCAUGACGUGGGUGUGGAAGUUAUUGGGCAAGGUGCACUUAGGUUAACUGGAUACCUUAGUGAGCUAAUGCAUCAGAAAGGCAUUCACUUUGAGUCCAUGUACACUGUCCGCACAUUGAAAGAGAACCUGUGCUAUGUUGCUACUGAUUAUGAAGCAGAACAAACUAAAUAUACAGAAGCAUCUUAUGACGUCCCUGGGGAAGGUUUCUUCACUCUAUCAAAGGAACGGUUUCAAACUGGGGAGAUUCUCUUCCAGCCACAUCUCGGAGGAUUGCGCACAAUGGCCCUCCAUCAAGCAGUAGCACUUUGCAUGGAGCAUUGUCAUAUUGUUGAUGUGGCGCCUGAUCAUGGAUGGUACAAGACAGUAGUUUUGGCAGGUGGCAGCUCAUGCUUGCCUGGUCUAGCUGCAAGAUUAGAGAAAGAGUUGCAGAGACUACUUCCUCAUUCCAUUUCAGAGGGAGUAAAGGUUUUUCCACCUUCUCAUGGACCAGAAUCUGCUUGGUUUGGAGCAAAGCUCAUCAGCAAUAUAAGCACAUUUCCUGAGAGAUGGUAUGUGACGAAGAAGCAGUUUCGCCGCCGUCCUGGCCCAGAAAUUGUGCAUGCUAUGGCUGGUGAGGGCAGCCUUCGCUGAACCUGAAAUCUCAAGGCAGAGGAGAGAGAGAGAGAGAGAGAGAGAGAGAGAGAGAGAGACCAUUGAAGGGGAAUUUGGUGUUAGGUGGGUAGCUUUGCUGGCGAAUGCUUGCCUUGCCAUCCUUUCCCAUUAAGAAGAGAUUUGAAGAUUUUCAUUUAAUUUGGGGGAACAAACUUCAUAAAACGUAUAUUCCUCAUGUACUUGUAUUGAUGUAAGUAUAAUAUAUGUAUCUAUUUACUCAUUGUUGGUUUUGGAAAGUGCAAACACUUACUUCUGAUCAUGUAUUGACGACUGUUAUUAUUAUUACUAAAAAGAUU